AAAUGACACACAGCUACGGUUAUAGAAGACAAACCAGAAAAAAAUUCGCAAAAGCUUUCAAGACAAAAGGACAUUUAAGAAUUUCCAGAUAUCUUACCACAUACAAGAUAGGAGAAUAUGUAGAUAUUCUUGUUGAUGGUUCAGCCCACAAAGGUAUGCCAUACAAAUUAUAUCACGGAAGAACUGGACGUGUAUUUAAUGUUAACCCUAGAUCAGUUGGCGUUAUUGUACACAGAAAAUGGAACGGCAGAUAUAUUGAAAAAAGAAUUAAUGUAAAAAUCGAACAUAUUAGACCUUCUAAUGUUAGAAUUGCUUUAGCUAAAAGAUAUUAAGAAAAUGAUAAAAGAAAAUAAGAAGGAAAUAAAUCUGGUAAGAAAAUUUCUACUAAAAGAUAACCUGAAUAACCUCAUGAAGAAGUACAUGUUAAGGGAACUGUAAACUUUUAACAUCCUAAAGUAUUUAGAGAAGUUUUUUGAACAAUUUUUUAUUUUGAAGAUAUAUUAAGAAUAAAAGAAAAAAAAAAAUAACAAUAAUUUUAGUUUUAGUUGUUUUUUUGUUUUGUUUUGUUUUGUUAUAUAUAUAUAUGUUUUUUAUGAUUUUGUUUUUUUCUGUAGUAUUAUUGCUU